AUGACCCCCGUCGCCCAAGUCAACGACUAUCAGCAGUGGGCCCAGAGCGCCGAUCGCGGUCAGACGGUCCAUCUGGCUGCGGCUGCUGUCACCACCGCUCCGUCCCAGGCUGCACCCAAGGCUGCACCUUAUGCACCUUAUGCACCUUAUGCUUUCCAUGACGUCCCCGCUGCCCACGCUGCCCACGAUGCCCACGACGCCCAUGCUGCUCAAGCUCCGCAACUGAGUGGCGCACAGGAUGACGACCAGCGCUACCACACUUACUACUACGUGCCUCGCUCUGACGCCGUCAACAGUAGCUACUACUACGCGUGGCCUCGUGGCGCUGGCCAGUACUCCGGUACUCAGUACUCCGGCCAGUACUACGGUCCGGGCUACAACAACCCUUACAGCUAUCAUCACAACUGGUUCGGUCGUACUUCAAACGAGGUCUACCGCGACAACAUGGUGUACUCUACGCGUCGCCAUGGUUCCGACUCCCGUCGUGGUGAUCAGGAGAUGGUCCCACGUGAUCCGGCCGACGACCAGAUGUUCUACGUGAAGGAGCUUGAUGGACACUGGACUCUGCGCUCCUACAACACCAUUGAGAACGACCUUCGCCCCGGCUACUGGGACAAAUACCAUGGCAGGGCUCACUUCGUUCGCACUCGCGACUAG